CAUCAGCAUUGAUCAUUCGAUUUGAAGAAAGAAAAUCAGCUCACAUAUUGAAUAUUUUAUCUCGUUUUUUUUGUUGGUUGUUAGGCAAAUUGUUUAUUUAUUAAACUAAACAAAUACGAAAUUAUCGUUUGCCAUCAUUCUGAUUUUGUGGUAAUCAUCAUCAUACAAUAAUCGAUACACAAACAAUCAAUCAAUUGGCCAAUAGACUAUAGUACUCUGGUAUUUUAUUGUUGGCGUUAACACCGAAACAAUCCGAUUCUGACAUUCAAAGAAAAUUGUCCCCUUUUUUUUUUGGUUCCAAAUUUGGGAAUUUUUUCAAUAAGAUUUCAAUGACAACAAUAAUGGCCACUACAAUACCAACAUCGGCUUUGGCAAAUAAUAUUACAAAUACAAAUGAUAAUAAUAAUGGUGAUACAAAUAAUUCUACAAGUAAUUUAAAUGUUGCACCACCACAAGAUGCAACACGUCGUUUACAAACAAAAAAACAAACAUUAGAUGAUGCAUAUGCUGUACCGGCAAAUUUUCUUGAAAUUGAUGUUUGUAAUCCAAUUACACAUGGUGUUGCACGAAAUCGUUAUACAGAUUAUGAAGUUAGAAUGAGGAGUAAUUUACCAAUAUUUAAAUUAAAAGAAUCAAGCGUACGACGAAGAUAUUCUGAUUUUGAAUGGUUACGUUCAGAAUUAGAACGUGAUUCAAAAAUAAUGGUACCACCAUUACCGGGUAAAGCAUGGAAACGACAAUUACCAUUUCGUCAAGAUGAUGGUAUAUUUGAUGAUGAAUUUAUUGAAGAUAGAAAAAAAGGUUUAGAACAAUUUAUUAAUAAAGUUGCCGGUCAUCCAUUAGCACAGAAUGAACGUUGUUUGCAUAUGUUUUUACAGGAUCCUGUUAUUGAUAAAUCAUAUGUACCGGGAAAGAUUCGUAAUGCAUAAAGAAUUGAAAAAGUUUUUUUUGGAAUGAAGAAUAAAAAACUUACUGCCAACGAGAAUGCAAAAACAAGCAAACAACAACAAAAACAAAGCUGGAUUUCCCUUGAAAAAAAAACAACCACAAUCA